GCAAGGCGUAUAUGCGUAAGAAGGGAGUGAAUUCAGAUUUGACGGCUGAUAGAGAUGUAUGGAGGAGUAGUACAUACUGUGCGGACCCUCCAUAGUGAUAAGGGUAGGUUGAUGAUGUAUGUUUUAAAAUUUGACUCCAAUUCUUCGAACAAAACUUUGCAAUGAUCACAAGAAAUAGACACGGAAAAGUUACUGUCAACACCGGUAUCUAAAAGAAAACAAAAAGUUAACGUUAUUGACACUUCUAUGACACUUGACAAAUCUAAAUUCAAAUUUUUCGCAAAAUAAAGUUGUGAAAAGUUAAUGAGAGGCUAUUUUCUAAUUUAGUGAACCUUGAUUUUUCAAAAAUAAUUUGUUAGGAACAAAGUUAACAAAGUGCCAUCAUUUUCAUUCGUACUUAUUUAGACCAGAACUACUAAAAAGUAAAAGUUUAAAGAAUCCCAAUAUGCUUCACUUGGGUGAUGUUUUCCCGAAUUUCACUGCUGACACAACUCAAGGUGAAAUAAACUUUUAUGAAUGGCUUGACCAAUCAUGGGGCAUACUUUUUUCUCACCCUUCCGAUUUUACACCUGUGUGUACUACAGAGCUUGCAAGAGUUGUUACUUUAGUUCCAGAGUUUAAGAAACGCAAUGUUAAAGUCAUUGGUUUGUCUUGUGAUACAAUUGAGUCUCAUAAUGAUUGGUGUAAAGACAUACAGUGUUAUGCAGGUUGCAAUGAGAAUGAACCAUUUCCAUAUCCAAUAAUUGACGAUAAGGCCAGAAAUUUGGCAGUUAAACUGGGAAUGGUGGAUAAGGAUGAACUUGAUUCUUCUGGAAUACCAUUGACUGCUCGUGCUGUCUAUAUCAUUGAUCCAAAAAAGAAGUUCCGGCUCUCCAUUCUUUAUCCAGCAACUACUGGCAGAAACUUUGAUGAAAUUUUGCGCGUACUGGACUCCCUUCAGUUGACAGAUAAGGCUAAAGUCGCUACGCCUGUAGAUUGGAAGUUGGGCGAUGACUGUAUGGUGUUACCAACCGUGCCUGAAGAAAAUAUUGACACCCUAUUUCCACAAGGAGUCACUGUUGUUCCAUUGCCUUCUAAAAAGAAAUAUCUCAAGAAGACGCCCUGUCCGGAUGUUUAACCAGACUGUUUUCUUUAAUUUUCUUUUUUUUUUGUCUUUAUUGGAGAACGCCAGCAACUGA